CAUGGCAGCGGCGGGGGCAGGACCGUGCCCGCUGAUGCUGCUGCUGCUGCCGCUGGUAGGGGCGGCCUCGCCGGCGUCCCCCGGGGCUCCUCCCGGCCCGUACAGCCCGGACUGGGCCAGCCUGGACUCCCGGCCUCUGCCCGCCUGGUUCGACGAGGCCAAAUUCGGGGUGUUCGUGCACUGGGGGGUGUUCUCCGUGCCCAGCUGGGGCAGCGAGUGGUUCUGGUGGCACUGGAAGGGCGAGCGGCGGCCCGAGUACGACGGCUUCAUGCGCGCCAACUACCCGCCCGGCUUCAGCUACGCCGACUUCGGCCCGCAGUUCUCCGCCGCCUUCUUCGACCCCGACGGCUGGGCCCGGCUCUUCCAGCAGGCUGGGGCCAAAUACGUAGUCCUGACCACGAAGCACCACGAAGGCUUCACGAACUGGGGCUCGCCCGUCUCCUGGAACUGGAACUCUCAGGAUGUGGGACCGCACCGGGACCUCGUCGGGGAACUGGGACAGGCCCUCCGGAAAAGGAAAAUUCGCUAUGGACUGUAUCACUCACUGUUGGAAUGGUUCCACCCGCUCUAUCUAAUGGACAAAAAGAAUGGCUUCGAGUCACAAUAUUUCGUCUAUGCCAAGACGAUGCCAGAGCUGUAUGACCUUGUCACAAGGUACAGACCGGACCUGAUUUGGUCUGACGGCGAAUGGGAGGCCCCGGACACCUAUUGGAACGCGACAAAUUUCCUCGCCUGGCUCUACAACGAGAGUCCCGUCAAGGACGAGGUGGUGGUGAACGACCGCUGGGGCAAGGACUGCCCCUGCCACCACGGCGGCUACUACAACUGCGCGGACAAAUACAAGCCCGGGACCCUGCCGGCCCACAAGUGGGAGAUGUGCACGUCCGUGGACAAGCUGUCCUGGGGCUACCGGCGCAACAUGGAGGUGGUCCAGCUCCUGAGCGAGGCGGACAUCAUCUCGGAGCUGGUGGAGACGGUGAGUUUCGGCGGCAACUACCUCCUCAACGUGGGGCCCACGAAGGAUGGGGUGAUCGUGCCCAUCUUCCAGGAGAAGCUCCUGGCCGUGGGCAAGUGGCUGAGCAUCAACGGGGAGGCCAUCUACGCCUCCAGGCCCUGGCGGGUGCAGGUGGAGAGAAACGAAAGCAGAAUCUGCAGGUACACAUCCAAGGGGCAGGACGUCUACGCCAUUUUCACCCAGUGGCCGGAGAAUAACGUCCUGACGCUGACCUCACCCGUCGUCCAGUCGGGCACCAAGGUGUCCCUGUUGGGAUUCUCGGGGCAGGUGAAGUGGGAGGAGGCCUCGGGUCUCCGGGUCUCCCUGCCCGUGGUUCCCCCUUCAGCGCUGCCCACGGAGUUUGCCUGGACCGUCAAGCUGGAAGGAGUGAGAUGAGCACCAAAACUUAGCGUGGAAAAGGAGAGGCGGGCCUCUCUACCUCUCUGCCGCCCAAGAGUCAAAUCGAAGGGAAAUUGAAAUAAAUCACCUCCAUCCCCUCCUACCCGGAAUGGGCAUUUUCUGACGGAUUUUAACCCAAAGGAACGGAACACACCCCAAAGACCCUUCUCCCUCCACGAGGAAGCCCUCGCGGCCGGGCCUGAACGACGACUUGGCGGCUUUUCCGUUCCCCUUCUCGGCGGGCGCCAAAACGGGCAAGGAGAGCAGGCGGAGGCCGGAGAGGACCAGACCCCCGGGAAUGUCGGGAGUCGAAGGUUUCUCCCGAAAGACCCCAACCCCGUCCAAAGGAACGUCCGCUCGGACCCUGAUCUCCUCCUGCCGCAAAAUGAAGCCGGGAGGGUCCGGAAAUUCCGUCCCGUGGGCCGUGAAGGGCAAAACCGGCGUUUACCAUUCCCAGACCCUGCAGAGAUACAAAGGAAAGUACAGAUCGGGGGGGUCUUGCAUCUUCUGGUUCCUCGAGGUGGGACCUCCGAAAAGUUCAGUCCUGCCGGCUCCGGCCUGUCCGACGGGAAUAGACACCCUGGUAGCAUUUUCACUUGGGAAGGGAGCGCGGGAUGAGCCGGAAGAAACGGGGCCACGGACGAUUAACGAGUCACGCGAGCCCCGGCACCGUCCGACGGGAGCUGGACCCGGCUAAUGCCAGCUGCUUCUCACCAGUCGACAAUCUCUGAACUGGUUUGUGAACCCUGGGAGAUUCAGCUGACCCGAGGGGACAAGGGAUGUUGCCUUUGUUUACAUUGUCGGGCUUAUUUGAGGGCGGGGGGAGGUACUCAUUCCAAUAUCUUAAUAAAAUCACUUAAAAUGCAUUCAAUAAAUGACUGUGCACUGUGCUUAGAUUUUCAUGUACAAUAUGUUUUCAAUCAUCGGUAUGAGAAAUGAAGCUUUUUUUUU